GGAGUCCGGCCCGGGCCCCUGGCGGGCGGGCGCGAGACGCGGCCCGGGUUUGGAACAGCCCGCGCCCGGGCCCUCGGAGGGCUAUGAACAAGGAUAGGAUCAUAUGUGUUGGAAGGUGCUGGAUUUCAUUCCCCAGACCCUAUGAGACCUGAGAACAAUUGCUCUGAAGCUUGUUAAUAUUUGUAGCUGGAAGAGUCUAUUUUUAAAAUUACAGAGAGAUUCCAGAUUGGAAAGGGAAGCGGUGGUUAAUGAGAAUUGUGAACAGAAAGGGGAAGACUAAAGGACUGAGAGACUCAAUUAUGUCUUGGUGGACAGCACAGAUGCAGCAGUCUUCAGGGCCUGUUUACUGAAAGAUAUCUCACAUGAUGCUACAGUUGCAGUUUGCCGAAUGUGCCUCCAAGAACCAGGAGAUCCUGAAAAGCUGGGGGAAUUUCUGCAAAGAGAUAACCUCCGUAUCCAUUAUUUCUGUCUUUAUAUCUGUUCUAUGGCCCCUCAGAUACUGUCCAGUGGGUUGCCCCAGCGGGGCCGGGCCAGUGAUGGCUUCCAUGGAUUCUUACCUGAGGACAUCAAAAAGGAGACAAGCCGUGCUGCUAGGAAGACCUGCUUUGUGUGCAAGAAAAAGGGAGCUGCCAUCUUCUGUCAGAAGGAAAGGUGCCGAAGAAACUUCCACUUACCAUGUGGCCGGGAGAGAGGCUGCAUCUCGCAGUUUUUUGGAGAGUACAAAUCAUUUUGUGAAAAACAUCGCCCAACACAGGAUAUUCAACCAGAGAAACCGGCAGAAGAGGACUGUAUCUUGUGUUGUGAAAGCUUAUCUGGAGGGAAUAAUGAUAACAUUCAGAGUCCAUGUUGUAGUCGUAUGAUAUACCACCGAAAGUGUAUACAGAAAUAUGCCCAUUCAUCAGCAAAGCAUUUCUUCAAAUGUCCUCAGUGUAAUAAUCGAGAGGAAUUUCCUAAAGAAAUGUUAAGAAUGGGAAUACAUAUCCCAGACAGAGAUGCUGCUUGGGAACUUGAGCCAGGAGCUUUCUCAGAAUUAUACCAACGCCAUCAACAUUGUGAUGCUCCAGUUUGCCUUUAUAAAGAUGGCAGAGACAAUUUUGAGAAUGAAGGGAGGUGGAGCCUUAUUUUAUGUACUACUUGUGGAUCCCAAGGAACCCAUAGAAAUUGUUCCUCUCUUAGAAGCAACUCUAAGAAGUGGGAAUGUGCAGAGUGUAUAUCAACCGGUGAAAUCCCUGGUUGCAGUAAAACUCUAAGUCCCAGAAAGGAUUUUUACAGAGAGACUGGGCAAAAUGGUUCCCAGGAAGAAGAUCCAGGGCCUUCUCUAAGAGAAAGGCCAGGACCCUCCUUUUUACAAGAAAGUUCAGAGCUCUCCUCUCCAGAAAAGACAGAACCUUCCUGUUGGGAAAGGAGAAGAUCCACAUGGCGAGCAAAGCGCCUCAAAAUCUCCAAACACCACAAAAAAAAAGAAUAACAUUUCAUCAGGGGAAGAUACCAAGCACCACCAGGUUCCUGCUGGACCACCAAACAGACAAAGCAGUUGCCUGGUGACACUAAGUAGCUUGGAUUGACAUGCACUGGUCAAAUCCAGAAUUAAUACAGGUAAUGAAUUGGGAUGUUGCUCAAAAUAUUAAAAUAUGAAAUUUCCUAA